AGCCGACAAUAUAUAAUAGUAAUUUUUAAAGGAUCGAGAUAAGAGCUCGUGAAAUGCUGUUAAAAGUUUGUAGAUAUAUCAUGCACAGCAAAGUAACAGGAGUAUUUUCUUCUUCGAUUUGUCGAUAGAUAUAUACCAUAAGUUUUCAAGAUAUCUACCAAUAAGUUUCCCGUGCUAUCUACAGAUUGUCAAGUGGAGAAGCGAUUUCAGAAAUGAAUGACAAUAAAACAGGCAAACGAAAGGCAGAAGGACGAUCACUGACUUUCUCUCCAAGACGUGAAAACAAACCUCAAAUGAGAUCUAAGCUUCCAGAGAGGGAUCAAUACAUAAAAUCAAAGCUGACAGACAAUGACCAUGUGAACCAUACUGCUACUUCACAUGGACAGUUAGAGAAAUUUGAUAGGCAAAGUACAAGUUUCUCCAUGGUCAGACGGCGACCCAACAAAAAACAGAUCCAAACGUCCCCAAGUCAAAAAUUGAAUCAGUUACUGCUCGGAAAGUUAAGCAUGACUGAAAAUAAGAUCAAGGAUACAGAACUGGGUUUGAAAAAGCUAGAAGAUUUACUUAGUGAAACUGAACAGAAGUUAGGCUGUGCAACAGGUGAAAAGCUCAGUUUUGUAGAAAAUUUCAGAAAACUCCUACAUAGCUACGAUGACAACAAAUCAAAGAUGGGGGAACUACUUAGCAAAAAUGCAGACCUUUCAGAAACAAUUACGGACCUAAAUAAGCGAAUAGUAGAAAAUUCUGACUUCUAUCAGAAAGAACAAGUUCGAUUUAAAAAUCAAAUUGAUACAAAAGAAAUUGAGAAUCAAAGACUGCGCGAAAACAUUGAGAAGCUUACGACCGAGAAGAAAGACAUGUUCAAGAGAGUAAAUGAACUUCAAGUACAUUUGGAUCAUAGAGCUAAACUUCCCAAAGCCAUCUGCCAGGAAUGCAGAAUGGAAAUACAGAAUCAUAUUUUGGGUACAAACUCAGCAAGUCAUCGUGAAUAUGAAGAAAAAUCCAAUCAUCAUAAAAAAUCAUCUCAUCUGAAAUCUCUCAACAGAUGUCGAUCCGCAGAAUCUUCUGGCAAACACCACGGACAAAGAAAACCUAUCAAGAGUGACAGUGAAAUUCACAACACAUCACAACAUCCAGUAAGCUCUCCCACACCUCUUCCUUCCAGAAUGGGUUUAGUAAGCUCUGCUCGCGGCAACUCAAAUAUCUCCACAUCCAGCAUAUUAUCUGGCAAAAGUUCCAAAAUGGGUCAGUCAAGAAUGAAUAACUCUGAAAAAUCUACUCAUCGAAUUACAGAGUAUGAAAACCCGAGAAGCAAUACCAACAUUUCCUCAUCCAGCUCAUUUCUUAGUUUCGCUAAUGAGUCUGAGGACAUCUUGCCUGGAGAAUGGUCCAGAGAGAGUACUUUAAUGUCAUUUGCGAAUAGUACAUACUCCAGAUAAUGCCCAAACUAACAUUGAUUUGAUAUGGAAAUGUUUUCUUCAAAAUAAAAUCUUUAGAUUUACCAACCCUGGAGAGACUAUGUGUCGGACUUUAAAUGAAUUUAUUUUGAUCAUGAAUUAUUCAGUAACUACAGAUCUGUUUAUUUCACCAAUUAAGGGCCUUUAGGGGAGGGGCUUGUACAUUUUUAAAACAAUAUAUUAGUAAUCAUUACAGUUAUAACAAUAUAGAUAAAUGACAAUCAUUCAGAUGGAUACUACAUUCAUCAGUAACAGAGUACUAUGACAACUCUCCUAUCAGAUGGAUACUACAUUCAUCAGUAACAGAGUACUAUGACAACUCUCCUAUAUGAUGCAUUUAAUUCAGAUAGCAUGUAUUAUUUUCCAUUGCCUAUUCUAUGUGAAUGUAUGUCAAAUAAAUCAAGGUUUAUUAAAAAAAA